AUGUGGAGUCUGUGGGAGACCGAUUAUAGUGAAUGCAGGGUCCAGGGAGAGCAGAUAUAGUAAAUGCAGGGUCCGGGGGGACAGCAGGUAGUGAAUGCAGGGUCAGGGGAAGAGCAGAUAUAGUGAAUGCAGGGUCCGGGAGAGCAGAUAUAGUGAAUGCAGGGUCCAGGCAGACCAGAUAUAGUGAAUGCAGGGUCCGGGAAAAGGGAUAUAGUGAAUGCAGGGUCCGGGGGAGAGCGGAUAUAGUGAAUGCAGGGUCCGGGGAGAGCGGAUAUAGUGAAUGCAGGGUCCGGGGAGAGCGGAUAUAGUGAAUGCAGGGUCCGGGGAGAGCGGAUAUAGUGAAUGCAGGGGCUCCGGGAAGCGAUAUAGUGAAUGCAGGGUCCGGGGAGACCUGAUAUAUAGUGAAUGUAGGAUCCAGGGAGAACCUGAUAUAGUGAAUGAAGGUCCUGGGAGAGCGGAUAUAGGGAAUGCAGGGUCCAGGGAGAGUGGAUAUAAUUGAAAUGCAGGGUCCGGAGGAUACCACAUAUAGUGAAUGCAGGGUUCUGGGGAGAGCAGAUAUAGUGAAUGCAGAGUCUGGGGAAAGCGAAUAUAGUGAAUGCAGGGGCCAG